AUGGUUCGCGGCGAUGCCGAGGCAAUGCCCCUGACCAGCAGCUUGGUCGAUGUGACUUGGGUUGCCUUGGUCCGAGUAGUACUUUCUCGCGCCUCCUGGAAUCUGGCCAGGAACGUCAUUACGACGCGAGCAGACCCCCAUACCCUUGAUAAGUCGUGCUCAUCUUGUUGGUGGGAAAGCACAGAGCAACUCUCGAGCGCUCACGACGGUGUGGAUUCCAAGAUGCGACCGCUGUUCCCCUCCCUUGCUGCCCUUCUCUUGGCAGAGCCAGUCGCGGCAGUCCACCUCACGGGCUACGACUUCAUCGUCGUCGGCUCUGGGGCGGGCGGUGGCCCCUUGGCCGCGCGGCUUGCCCUCGCCGGGCACAAGACGCUCCUCCUGGAAGCGGGAGACGACCAAGGUGGCAGCACGAACUACUCGGUACCAGCCUACUCGGCACGGUCGUCGGAGGACGAAGCGCUCGCGUGGAACUUCUUCGUCCGACACUAUGCCGACGACGAGCGCCAGGCCCGGGACUUCAAGACGUCAUACCGCACCAGCGACGGCGGCCUCUACACGGGCCUGAACCCGCCGCGAGGGGCCGAGAUGCUCGGGACGCUGUACCCACGGACGGGGACGCUCGGCGGGUGCACGGCGCACAACGCCUUGGUGGCCGUGUACCCGCACCGGUCCGACUUCGAGUACAUGGCAGCACUGACGGGGGAUGCGUCGUGGGCGCCCGACAAGAUGCGCAAGUACUUUGUGCGCAUGGAGCGCAACCGCUACCUGCUGCCGGGUGCCAAGGGCCACGGGUACGAUGGUUGGCUGGGCACACAGACGGCGCCGCUGACGAUCCCGCUCCAGGAUCCGCAGCUGCUGAGCCUCGUGUCGGGCGGAGCGUUUGCGCUCGGCAACCUGUCCGAGGCGGUGUCGAACUUGGGGACGGUGCUCUUGGGCGACGCCAACGCCGACUCGGCGCGGCGUGAUGCCGAGGGCGGCUACUUCCAGACGCCGAUAUCGACCGAUGGCGGCAGGAGGGUCGGCUCACGCGAGUUCGUCGUGGCGGUGCGGGAUGCGAAGAAGAAGGACGGCACCAAGAAGUACCCGCUCGACGUCCGUCUCAACUGCCACGUCACCAAGGUGGUCGUGGACGAGAGCGGCGACGAGCCGCGGGCGACGGGCGUCGAAUUCCUCGACGGUGCCUACCUCUACCGGGCGAGCCCGCGAGCCCGGAGCGGGGGGAAGGGCGUUGCGGGAUCGGCGUCGGCGAGGCUCGAGGUCAUCGUCGCCGGUGGCUCGUACAACUCGCCUCAGCUGCUCAAGCUCAGCGGCAUCGGUCCCAAGGAGGAGUUGGCUCGGUUCGGUAUCCGGCUCGUGAAAGAUUUGCCAGGUGUCGGAUCGAACCUGCAGGAUCACUACGAGGUUGCCGUCCAGGGUCGCGCGCCUGCCCCCUUCGCUUCGGUCGCCGACUGCACCUUCCGCGACGACCCGGACGAGGACCCGUGCCUGCAUCGGUGGCAAAGGCCCGUGCUGGGCAACAGGGGAAGCUACGCCUCCAACGGACUUGCCGUUGCCAUGCUCUACAAGUCGUCGGCCUCGAAGACGGGCAAGUACGACGUCUUCGCCUUCGGUGGUCCCGUCAACUUCCGGGGCUACUUCCCCGGCUACAGCGUCAACAUCACGGCCAGGCACGACGUCUUCACUUGGGCCAUCCUCAAGGCGCACCCUCGCAACACGGCCGGGUCCGUCACCCUGCGCUCCGCCGAUCCGCUCGACGUGCCCGACAUCAUCUACAACUACUUCGACGCGGGUGCCGAGGCGGACUUGCGUGCCAUCCGCGAGGGCGUACGCCUCGCCCGUGAUGCCUUCCGUCGCCAGCCGCUCGUGGCCAUGACCGAGGUGCUGCCCGGCGACGGCGUCCGAUCCGACGAGCAGAUCGAGGCCUACGCGCGAGACACGGCCUGGGGUCAUCACGCAAGCUCAACGUGUGCCAUCGGCCGCGAUGACGAUCCCAUGGCCGUUCUGGACUCGAGCUUCCGCGUGAGGGGCGUCAAGGGGCUUCGCGUCGUCGAUGCGAGCGUCUAUCCCAAGAUCCCCGGUACCUUUACCGCCGUGUCGACGUACCUCGUGGCCGAGAAGGCGGCGGACGUCAUUCUGGAUCAGAACAAGUAA